UUCAUCCAUGCGGAGUCGCCGCCGGGGCUCUCGGGCUCUGCUGGGCUGCUUCAAGGAUGACCGCAUCGUCUUCUGGACGUGGAUGUUCUCCACCUACUUCAUGGAGAAGUGGGCGCCGCGGCAGGACGACAUGCUCUUCUACGUGCGCCGGAAGCUGGCGUACACGGGCGGCGAGGGCGGCGUGGACGGGAGGAAGCUGGCCGAGGCCGAGCCCGAGGUGGACGUGGAGGUGUACCGGCGGGACUCCAAGAAGCUGCCGGGCCUCGGGGACCCUGACAUUGACUGGGAGGAGAGCGUCUGCCUGAACCUCAUCCUACAGAAGCUUGACUACAUGGUGACAUGUGCCGUGUGCACGCGUGCGGAUGGGGGGGACAUCCACAUCCAUAAGAAGAAGUCCCAGCAAGUGUUUGCGUCCCCCAGUAAGCACCCCAUGGACAGCAAGGGGGAGGAGUCCAAGAUCAGCUACCCCAACAUCUUCUUCAUGAUCGACAGCUUCGAGGAGGUGUUCAGUGACAUGACAGUGGGGGAAGGAGAGAUGGUCUGUGUGGAGCUGGUGGCCAGUGACAAAACCAACAUGUUCCAGGGGGUCAUCUUUCAGGGCUCCAUCCGCUACGAGGCCCUCAAGAAGGUGUAUGACAACCGGGUGAGCGUGGCUGCCCGCGUGGCACAGAGGGUGUCCUUCGGCUUCUACAAGUACAACAACAUGGAGUUCGUGCGCAUGAAGGGGCCCCAGGGCAAGGGCCAUGCCGAGAUGGCAGUCAGCCGCGUGUCCACUGGUGACACAUCCCCCUGCGGGACGGAAGAGGACUCCAGCCCGGCCUCACCCAUGCAUGAGCGGGUGACCUCCUUCAGCACGCCCCCCACCCCGGAACGGAACAACCGGCCGGCCUUCUUCUCCCCGUCCCUCAAGAGGAAGGUGCCCCGGAACCGGAUCGCAGAGAUGAAGAAGUCGCACUCCGCCAACGACAGCGAGGAGUUCUUCCGGGCGGACAACGGCGGGGCGGAUCUGCACAAUGCCACCAACCUGCGGUCUCGGUCCCUGUCUGGCACGGGGCGGUCCCUGGUUGGGUCCUGGCUGAAGCUGAACAGGGCGGAUGGAAAUUUCCUUCUCUAUGCACACUUGACCUACGUCACUUUGCCGCUGCAUCGGAUUUUAACAGACAUCCUGGAGGUACGGCAGAAGCCCAUCCUGAUGACCUAGCCGUGUGCAGAGCCUGCGCAGAGCCCCCCAGCCCUGCCCGGCCCCGGGAGUGCUGCCAAGUGCCUGCUGCCCCCCGCCCCCGGGGGCCCCGUGACAGCCCAGCGCCGGAGCCCCCCCGAGCCAGGCAGGGCUGCUCGACGCCGGGGGGCCGGGGCCGGCUACGCCUCGAACACCAGCCCAAACUGAAGUGCCUCUUUCUCCUCCCCUGCUGGCUCUGCUCCCGCCCCUGUGCACCCCCCGCCAUCCCUGGGGAGCCCUCUGCACCUGGAGGGCACCAGAGAUGCCAGGAGGCUGUAAGAGAGAGAGAGAGAGACAAGCAGCCGGCAGCCGGGGUGCGACCAGCCCCACGGCUCCGACGUUCACGUGCGGACAGACCACAGGUGGAGAGACCCCCUGGCCGGGGGCACUCAGUGUCAGACCAUCAACGCUUCCCCAAGGACAACUGGCUUCAGAUCCCGUCAUGUUCUGCCGGCGACGAAUCCGGCAUCCGAGUUAGCCCUGACCCGUCCGCCCUUCCUUGUCCACCGCUUGGUUCUAAGUGGGUCACCAUGGGGUUCGAAACGGGGCACACGCUGUUGCGGGUUUUGCCCUGGGCUGGGAAUACCUACCCCACGCCUGGUUCCAGAAAGGCCCCGAGUGGAGCAGACAGGCCCCAGUCCUGCCAGAACGGCCUUUGCUUCCAGCCAAAGAGCAUCACCAACACACACACACCUCCACCUUGGAGACCUCCUGCUCUGCGCCUCGGCCGGCGUGACCUGCAGAAUUUUGACUCAGGGCAGGUGGGACGGCUUGGUCGUCAGAGAAGAGUGUUUGGGGGAGGGGAGUGGAGCCGGCCUUCUCCCAGGAAGGUUCUGGCGGCGGCCUGGGGGGGGGCGGGGGGUGUUUCCUGGCGCUCCUUUACUUUGCCUGAGUGUGCCGGUCCCAUUUCUCAGACCAGCUCACUGAGGCAAAGCAGAACGGGCCUACACGCGCUGGUCUAGGGGGUUGGUGUGAGCGGCCUGGCUCCGGCCGGCAGGAUUCCCACCCGGGAUGACACGCUGUGCCCUCCGCCAGACCAUGCGCCUUCUCGGGUGGAAGAGGUUGCCCUGCCCCGUGGGAAUAAACUGUGAGCUGGGUCUCUGUUGCCAUGUUGUUUUGUUCCAAGUCCCCAGGAAUACGCGAGGGUUUCCGGUUGUGCACAGAGGUCCUCUCUGCGAGGAGGGGAGGAUCGGAGGGGCUUGCCCCCAUCUGUCCUAUUCUGCGCCUGCUCCAAGGGCUUGUGCUGGGCUCCGGGAACAGGGGCUGCUUCGGGGCUUUCUCUAGAUUUUGUACGCUGUUAUUAAAAGCAAGCUAUUGCAUUUCA